GUCAACAUUUUGAAAUACUGCUGUUGUUAUAGAGAAAGAAAACAUAAAUUGUUCGUUUUAUCUGUUAGUAAAGGAUACGUUACAUGUUUAAAUGUGUACAAGUGAGUCCUUAAGAGGAAAGUGUUUCCCUUGCGAGCUAACAAAUAUAGAAGAAGGAGAUCAUAUCUUCAUCUGCAAUUUUAUAAAUAAUGAUAAACGAAGGACAAGUAGUACCACCACCACCAAACGCAGUUGAUCCCGAAUACGUACAACAGACACAAUAUGGUGGGCAAUCUAUUGGUACAUUUUCUAAUCCACCUGCUACAAAUCUCUGGAUGGCUAAACCAGAAAGCACGGUUGGUUGUCCCUCAGGUCUUGAAUGUCUAAGCAUUAUUGAUGGGCUAAUGGUGAGGCAAUUUAUGGAAGUGGCACCAGGUCGCAUGGGUAGGCCGAUGGUGAACAACAGUUGGUUUAAAGUUGAGAAUUUUAUGGGACAACAAAUAUAUUUUGUAACUGAAGAUAAGGACAUGAGUGGAGUGUGCCUUCCAGGACAGAGAGGCUAUACAUUUCAUUUAUCAGACAAUCUUGGUUGCGAGGUUAUGAGGAUAUCGAGACAACCUAUUUGCUGUUCUUGUUGCCCAUGUUGCGGUUGUUGCGAACAUUUGAUUCAAAUCGAAGCACCGGUCGGACAUACCAUCGGCUACAUCAAAAGUCGGAAAAAUUGCAUGUCUUCCCUAUUUGCGAUUACAAAUGCUGAGGAUGAGGAUAUAUUUUCGAUAUCGUUUCCUUUGUGCUCAACGUCAUCACCAAUGCACCAGCAAGAGUUUACGAUUAAAUCGGCAGACGGCCAGUCAGAAAUAGCAACAAUCACUAAGCCUUGGGGCAGGAUGGAAUUUUAUUACAGGCUCAAGGAUUUCAGCCUGAAAUGUAAGCCGAGUCAUUGA